UCAUCAGAGCAUCACUCUCAUAUUGAAAUUGAAGGCCGGCACCGUAUCUCCCUCUUCCGUCGUCUUCCUUUGAAAUGGAGAUCUGAGCGAGCCGAAGUGAACGAAUCCCGAAGCAGCUAUCGUCAUCGAAAUGAGUGGGGCAAGACUGUGCUCCUUGUUAGCUGAAUUGGGGUUCGAAGAUGCCGAAGGAUUGGACCCUGAUAGCUUCGAAUGGCCCUUUCAGUACGAAGACGCACGCCCCAUACUGGAUUGGAUCUGCACCAGCCUCCGCCCCUCCAACGUCCUCUCUCUCUCGGAGCUUUCCCAGUAUGAGCAAUUUAAGCAGGAAGGCAAGCUCUUGGAGGGGGAAGAUUUGGACUCUGCUUUUGAUAGCAUUUCAGCUUUUUCUGCCAGGAGAGACAACCAGGAGGCUGUUUUUGGCACUGAAGAAGGACUAAAGGAUAUAAGGGAGGCAACUUUGGCAUAUAAAGCUGAAGCUUCAGACCUGCAAAGACAGCUAAAGCACCUGCAAUGUCAGUUUGACAUGCUUACUGGCCAGGCUUCAACUUUGAUACAAGGGAGGCGUGCGCGCGUUGCUGCAACAUCUGUUGUGAAUGGACACCUCACUACAAUUGAUGAUAGCCUAUCAGCAAGAAACUUACAGAUGAAUGCAGUUCUUGGAAGAAUUGCUUCGACAGUGCAGGAGCUGGCUCAUUAUCAUUCUGGAGAAGAAGAUGGUAUUUAUUUGGCAUAUUCUGACUUUCAUCCAUACUUGCUUGGAGAUUCAUCUUGUCUAAAAGAGUUAAACCAGUGGUUUUCUAAGCAACUAGACACAGGUCCAUUCCGGCUUGUAGUUGAGGAGGGAAAAUCUAAAUGCUCCUGGGUCAGCCUUGAUGACAUCUCAAAUAUUUAUGUUAGAGAUUUAGAAAAAUCACAUCAUCAACGUGUGUCUGAGCUGCAACGGCUUCGCUCGAUAUUUGGAACAAGUGAAAGACAAUGGGUGGAGGCUCAGGUUGAGAAUGCCAAGCAACAAGCUAUUUUAGUGACACUUAAAUCACAGGUCUCAUUAGAUGAAGCUCAUAUUCAUCUUGAUCUUCAUUCCCUUAGGAGAAAGCAUUCUGAAUUGGAUAUUGAACUCUCAAAUCUUCGUCACAGAGAAGAGAAGCUUCUUUCUGAGACCAUUCCAGAUUUGUGUUGGGAGCUAGCUCAACUCCAAGACACAUACAUUUUGCAAGGUGAUUAUGAUUUAAAGGUCAUGCGUCAAGAGUACUAUAUUAAUCGGCAGAAAGCAUUCAUAAACCAUCUUAUCAAUCAGCUCGCUAGGCAUCAGUUCUUAAAGAUAGCCUGUCAAUUGGAAAAGAAGAACAUGCUUGGAGCAUUUACAUUGCUUAAAGUUGUUGAGUCUGAGCUGCAAGCAUACUUGUCUGCAACCGAGGGACGGGUGUGCUGUUGCCUGGCAUUGAUUCAAGCUGCGUCUGAUCAAGAACAAGGGGGAGUACAUGACAGUGAUCAUUUUCUACAUGCUAUUAGAGAUCUUCUAAAAGUUUAUUCAAAUGCUCAAGCUGCAAUAUCAACAUAUGUAUCAGCACCAGGCAUUGUCCAGCAGAUAUCAGCUCUCCACUCAGAUUUGAUGUCCCUUCAAUCAGAUCUAGAGAAUUCCCUUCCAGAAGAUAGAAAUAGGUGUAUUAAUGAAUUGUGUACGCUUAUACAAAGUCUUCAACAACUGCUCUUUGCAUCUUCAACAACAGCACAGCCGAUACUGACACCUCGGCCAUUAAUGAAAGAGCUCGAUGAUAUGGAAAAGAUCAAUGCAAAGCUCUCAGCUGCUGUGGAAGAGGUGACAUUAGAGCACGUAAAAAAGAAUGAGAUUGUGAAACAUCAUGCACAAGAGAUUGCACUUCAAAGACGAGUGUUUGUUGAUUUCUUUUGCAAUCCGGAGCGUUUGAGGAGCCAGGUUAGGGAACUGACUGCUCGUGUCAGGGCCUUGCAAGUUUCGUAACAAUCAUAUGUUGUAUUAUAUAUUUUCCAUUCAUACGUUUUUUUUUCUCCCCCUUUUUGGUUCCUUUAGGGUUUGAUUUUUCUUGUCUAAAUUAGAUUCUCUCUUUAAAGUUUUAUGUAAUAGUGAGUAGAUGCCCUUGUGGCGGUCUUAUCCAAAUGGGGAAUGAGCUAUGGUCCAUACCUGUGUUGUAAGUUGUGAGCUUUGCGUACUUGCUGGUGAGUUUGUGUAUAUAAAGUUAUGUUUUAUUGACUGUUCAGAGAGAAAGCC